AUGUCGGACGAAGAACCAGAACAGAUCAGAAAAUUAUUUAUCGGUGGCCUUAGCUACAACACUACUGAGGAUAGCUUGUCAAACUUUUUCUCGAAAUGGGGCAAGCUGACGGACUGCGUGGUAAUGCAGGAUCCCGCGACGAAGCGAUCACGUGGCUUCGGCUUCGUCACUUUCGAAAAAGCUCAGAUGGUGGACGACUGCAUGUCAAACCGGCCGCACAAGUUGGAUGGCCGCGAAGUCGAGGCCAAGCGCGCCGUUUCUAGGGAAGAAAGCCACCGACCAGGAAUUCACAAGAGCGUCAAAAGAAUGUUCAUGGGCGGCAUCAAGGAAAACGUCACCGUCGAGGACGUCACGGAAUACUUUGAAAAGUAUGGUAAGGUAGAAAGCGUGGAACUGCUGCAGGACAAGGCCUCCGGGAAGAAGCGAGGCUUCGGUUUUGUCAAUUUUGACGACUACGAUGUGGUGGAUAAGAUUGUUCAAACCCGACGUCACGUGAUCAGCGGAGUGUCGAUCGAGGUGUCGAAGGCAUUUUCGAAGGAAGACCAAACGCGAAAGGCAUUCGUCAAUGGUAACAACGGUUACUACGGCUACGAUGCUUUCGCAUGGGCUGGCGGCUUCAGAGGAGGUGCUACUGGUGGAAACGGCGGCAGGCCUGGAAACGGCGUUCCUGCUGUUCGCGGUCGGCCAAAUGGAAGAAGACCGAUGAUGAAUCCACGAAAUGGUCACGUGGAUCACACGGUUUGGUACUCGCCGGCUGGUGCUCGAGGUGGCGCCCACUUCGCACCAGACGGCCGUGGAGCUGGUGGCUACGCGGGCUACAACGGCUACCACUAUCCCCCUCAUGCUUACUGGGGACCCGAUGGUACUUACGGAGCGCACUACCAACAGUGGGGAGCCACUGGUGGCUGGAUGGGAAACGGAAUCGUCGAGCAGCAAGCUCCUGAAAAGGUUAACCGCCGUGGUCGAGGCCGCGGACGGGGCCGAGGAAAGGCACGACUAGACAAGCAGAAUAAUAACAACGGCACCACCGGCCAGAGCAGUAGCAACAGUAACAGUCAAAGCAGACGCUCGCCGAACAACAACAACAACGGCGGCGCCAGCAAGGGAGCCCAACAGACCUGGCCCGACAUGGUUUCUGGUCCUGGAAACACGGCGACCCCGGCAGUCGCCCCAGUCUACAACCACGUCCCUCCAGUCGUCUAA